UAAAAAUCAUAACUGUCGCUCCAGCGUAGCUCUUGUAUUUCCCCAAUUUUCAUUCGUUUUUCACAGUAAAACGUGGAUUUUUUCUGUUGAGAAGUGGCAUUUUGUGUUCGUGGAAACUACAUUUUUGAAAGUCUGGAAAAAAACACUCAGAUUCCAGAGAAUUUGUGGAAGAAAACAAUAACAAUGACGUGCAUUCUCAGCCCAAACAAACGUCGCCGCGAAUCUGAAAACUUUGUUCCUUCCGACAAGCUGUCCUAUCAUCAACAAAUCUUUCCCGGAAUGGAGACCAAGUUUAUCUCGGACAUACUCACGGCGAGAGUGGUAGAGAAUCCGUACGAAGUGGUGAGGAAACCGCCGAAGAAGAAGAAAAAGGAAGAGUCCCUCACUGGGUUUGUCAACGAAGCCCUCAAUCUCAAUACUCCCGAAAGGCAGUUCAAUCCUUUCGAGGUGAAGCGUUCAGAGUGCGAUACACCUGUCCAGGCUGUCUCCUACGUCAACCUGGGUUUGAAUUUGAAGGCCCCGGAGAGUGUCGGUGCAAAGAAUCCUUUCGAAAUUGUACGCUGUGAAGGCAAGGCGAUUGGGAGGGAUCAGGAAGGAAUUGAGAACCCAGCAUUGGAAGUACAACGUCCUCUGGCCAUAGCUGUUCCUUUUACACCCAAUGUGAAUCGUCGGAUUGCCUUUAGCGAGGUAAAGACCCCACCAAACUCUAUGACGCCCUCGGAGAUGUUGUCCAAGAGUCUUCGCUUCACCCCAGAAAUUACAACCACUCCCAGGCGUUCCACACGGAAGAACCUCUCCACAAUCAGCGAGGAGGUUUUGAAUAUCGACGAAGAGCUGGAUUGCUACCAGUUGGAGUUGGAGAACAGCAUAAAUGAGGCAAAAUCUGUCAACAAAAAAUACUUUUCCGAUCUCCGGAAGGGUGUUAUGAAGAAGGAGGCAGUCAAAAUUCAGCAUUUACAGCCUGAACCUGAUGUUAUUUACGACGGAGAUGAGAAUAAUGAUGAUAUCCCAGCAAAUGAUGAAGAUUUCGCCUUCAGGAAUCCUCAACCCUUUCAGCGUGCUUAUCGACGUCCUGGUCAAAUUGCGGUGGUUUCCAAGGGUGAAACCAAGAGCUCAAUCAGGCGUAGCAUUCGUAAAUUGGCUGGAAUAGGAAAGAAACCAAGGAAGCCCGAAGAUGAGAAUCAGGAAAAUCCCAGUCAAGACAGCACUGAUAAAGCAAUUACUGGGAACAAACUAAUGGCUUCCAUCAGACAAAGCUUGAGGCUGAAGAAGAAAGGGACGCAGGAGCAGAAAAAUGUCCCUACGGAAGUGCUAAAUGCAACAAUGAUCGAAAGCAAUAGCCGACAGGUGUUCAGACAGCUUCAGGAGCCAGAAAAUGCCUUCAAGCGGAACACAUUGAGGCGCUCCACGAGACAAGUGUUGAAAAGCGUUUUCAAGAAGAACGUCGAAGGAUAUGAGUUGGAAUUUACCAAAUGA